CUCAACUUUAUUUUGUUUGUGAAUAUUGUGAGAGUGCUGGCCACAAAAAUCAGAGAGACAAAUGCUGGGAGAUUUGACACUCGGAAGCAAUGCAGGAAACUGGCUAAGUCCACUCUAGUGCUGGUGCUGGUGUUCGGGGUCCACUACAUAGUGUUUGUGGGCAUGCCACACUCAUUCAAAGGGGUCGGAUGGGAGGUCCGAAUGUACUGUGAGCUCUUUUUCAACUCUUUCCAGGGUUUCUUUGUGUCCAUUAUCUACUGCUACUGCAACGGAGAGGUCCAGGCAGAGAUCAAGAAGACCUGGACCCGCUGGAACCUGGUGUUCGACGGGAAGGGACCGGCAGCAUGUGCCAACUACCGGUACGGCCUCAACCAGAACACUACCAGUCAGCCCCAGCCGCUGGCCGUGAUCUCGGGCACCUCCUCUCUCUUCUCCAGCCAUGUGUACCGCAGCAGCCAAGCCAGGCACAGCGUCAGCACCCACAGCACCUUGCCCGGCUACGUGUUCAGCAACUCUGAGGUGGAUAGCCUGCCCCCAUCCAUCCUAGAGGAGGCAGACGGGCGAGCCAAGCAGGUGGACGACAUCUCCCUCCGAGAGUCCUUACCUGUGAAUAUCACCAGCAUAGGAGAGGACAUGGAGGAGACACUGUAG